AUGGAGAACUUUGAGCCUGCAAAGGAAGAGAUGGCUAGAUCACUUACCAGUGGAGAGCAUGUCAAAUUUGAGCUCACAGAAGGUUUCCUGAUCAGCAAGAGAGGAAUAGAUGCAAAUCUGGAAAAGGUCGAAGUAGUCCUAAGCCUGCCUGAGCCUAAGCGCAUUAAAGACAUCAUGCGGCUGAUAGGCAGAAUGGCCGCGCUGACUAGGUUCAUUAGCAAGUCAGCAGACAAGGCCUUACUGUUCUACCAGCUACUGAAAGGGAAUAGAGAAUUUAAGUGGAGAGCUGCAGAAAAAGAAGCUUUUGAGGACAAUCGUAGCCGUGCUACUGGUAGAAAGACAAAAACAACAAAGGCCAAUAUACUUCGUGAGCCACGUACUGACCAAGGCAAAGCAAAGGCCAUCGAGCAUUCUGAGUACGAGUUUGAGGUCAAACCUUGGGCAGCCAUUAAGGCACAAGCCUUAGAAGAGUUCAUCGUGGAAGCCUCUUAUGAGGAGAAAGAAGAUGACAUAGGAAUCUGGAAGGUAGAAGUAGAUGGAUUCUCAGCCCAAGUGGGGAGUGGAGUAGGAGUCAUAAUGACAUCUCCAGAAGGAAAUGUAUUUGAGUACGCCAUAAAGUUCAAGUUUAAAGCAUCAAACAACGAGGCAGAGUACGAGGCAGCACUGGCAGGCCUGCGUAUGAGUAUCGCACCUAGAUCCCGAAAAGUCCAUCUGCAAACUGACUCUCAACUUGUCGCCAGCCAAAUGCAGGGGGCGUAUGAGAUUAGGGAAGCAACUAUGUUGAAAUAUGUAACUAAAGUAAAGGAAUUGGCAGCUCAGCUGGUUCAUUUUCAGAUAGACUUGGUCCUCAGAGCAGGAAACUCCCAGGCUGACGCUCUGUCAAAGUUAGUAAGUUCUACCCUGCAGAGCCUCACGAGGACGGUAAUGGUAGAAAUCCUGGAUGAAAGCAGUAUCGCUGAAAAAGAGCAAGUGAACUGCAUCGGGCAACAGUGGUACACAGACAUUAUGGCAUACAAAGUUCACGGCUCGUUGCCAGAUGAUGAGGUGCAAGCCAGGAAGGUUAAGAAGGACGCCAACUGGUAUGUGGUAAUAAACGGGGAGCUUAACAAGAAGGGCUUCUCGAAACCACUGCUGAGGUGUAUCCCAGAGUGGAAGCUAGAGAGGUUCAUGGAAGAAGCGCACUCAUGGAUAUGUGCCAACCACAUUGGUGGAAAGGCAGUGGGAGUAGAAGUCGUCAGAAGAGGUGCAUACUGGCCAACUCUGACGCAUGACGCGCUGGCAUAUGUCAAAAAGUGCAACCACUACUAG